CUGAGGAUGACACUCCCAUCUGACAAUAACUCUAAUCCUGUGCCUUUAUUUGUGACAAAUCAAAGGUAGCCUUCAGCCUACAUUUAGUACAAGUUAAAAGUCUGUCCCACCAUGGGCUCAUCAGGCCGGUGCUUAAGCCGGGUUCCGUUGUAUGAAGUGACUGAGAGUACGAGACCCCUCUGGAUAGGAUGCUAGUCCAUCACGAGGUUAACCCCCAGCAUUUUGCCAGUACCCAUUUUCAGCUGGGUGGACUGGAGCAAUGUGUGGUUAAGUGCCUUGCUCAAGGACACAACAUGCUGCCUCAGCUGGGGCUCAAACCCACGACCUUCAGAUAGCUAGUCCAACAUCUUAACCACAAUGUUCAGUACAAAUUAGUUUUCAAUUCCCAAAACACAGAUUGGGUCCUGGAGUUUACACUAUCUCUUUGAGCUCCAGAUGGAAAUACUGGAGGCACUGAUACAGCAUCUUUACUGGAAGAUAACAUCCCAAGGAGCUUGGUAUUAAAGUCAUGCCGAGACAAUGGGAAAGAUCAUCUCUGCUUUGUCCACUAAUGUGACAGGGACCGUUAUGAGGGCUAGCAUUCCCAGCCACGGUUUGAUGCAUUUCUGAGGUUUCAUUCUGUUAGCAACCACCUCUGUUCCCCAACAUUAAUCAAUGUAACUAAACUCAACAAUUAACAGCAGUGCUAGAAGUUUAAUAUUUACUCCCUGGAGACCACAGGACAAUCUUAAGGUUUGGUGUCCUUACUAAACAGCAUCUAAGAUUUGCAAUGUCCAAAAGCAAAAUUCUUAUAGAUGCUGAAAAUCCACAGCUGAUCACGUGGUAUCCAGAGAGAAAGAGUUAGUGUUUCCAAGCCUGGCCUCUGCCUGAAUGUUUGUUCAUUUCCACCAGUGUUGUCGGAUUUGCCGCGUUCCUCCAGCAUUGUGUGUGUGUUGCUCAGCGUUUCAAGCUAAUGAUUUUUCACCAAAGCUGAAGAAAAAGUUACAAAUGAAACAUAUUGUAAAGUUGAAGACAAAUGGGGGCAGGGAGCAGAGGAAUGUACACAAUGCAGUCAUUGAUAGGUUGGGACUUAUACUGAAUCAUAUUUUUUUUAAUUUACACUUAGUGUCCAUCCUUACAGCUCUUGAACCAAGUGGCUUGCUCGGCCAUUUCAGAGCGUGUUUAAGGGUCAAUGGAUGUGGAGUUACAUAUUUGCUAUAAAGGGUAAGAACGCCCGAUUUCCUCCCCAGAUCCAUACCUAACACCCAUGACUCAGGUAACAUUCUGAAUGGUGGGAAAUAGUGGUAAAGUCUACAUAACCAUUGGCUUAUUUGGGGGGGGGAGAUGAAAUAGUAAUAAUUCUGAUAUGAAAAUAUAUUGCCUGCUGUAAAACUUUUGAGCUGUUGGAUAAAUAAGCCAAGAAACUAUUCCAGCAGUGCAUUUGAGUAGCACGAGAUAAUUUAUGAGGCAUGGGAUUACAAAAUCUGGGACCCAGUUCAAUCCCACAGGUGUCCAACUGAAUUCCUUCAAAUUAAAAAAAAUAGGCGAGAUUCAGCUUGCACGGGAAUGUACUUUUGCUGAUGUACAAGCUGUGGUGUAUACUGCCUCCACAUGAGGCCGCCGGACAACAUUACAAUUGGCAAUAAUGCCCGCUGACGCCACCUGAAGCGUGAAAAGCGCUUGUCUUUGUGAGUAUGCCCACCCAAGGGCUAGCAGGGCAAGUCAGCGGCAAUCCACUCCAUACCUGUCUUCACGUUCUGCUCCUUUAAAGCCUGGAUGAGGAUGUGGGCAUCAAUGGUAAAACCAGCAUUUAUUGUUUGUCCUGAGUUUCUCUGAACUGAGGAGGCAGUAAGGAGUCAACCUGAUUGGUCCUGUUAGGAUGAGGGGAGCGACGAGCUGGAGAGAUGCGUGAAGCAGCCCAAGAUAAGCCCCAGUCCUCCUAGAGAACGAGCAUUGCCUACAGGAGAGAGACCCAGACGCGAUUGAAAUGAGCCUGCUGAAGCCAAGUGGGCUGAAAGCCCCCGGACGGGUCAACAAGCACUCCAGUCCAAUGGGCCGAGGCACUGCAGCAGCCGGUCCCAAAGAAGGCUCCCCCUUGCACAAGCAGGCUUCUGCCCCCACAUCUGGUGACAGACUAGCGUCAAAGAGUGCAGAGCUGGGAGACGACUGCAUUGGGGAUUUUGCCAUUGGAGACCGUAUCUGGGUGAAUGGUGUAAAGCCUGGCAUCAUACAGUUCCUUGGAGAAACACAGUUUGCCCCGGGUAAAUGGGCAGGCGUUGUCCUCGAUGAACCGGUGGGGAAGAAUGAUGGAUCGGUCGGGGGCGUGCGGUACUUUGAGUGCGAACCCUUGCAAGGUAUUUUCACAAGACCCUCAAAACUGGCACUGCACCCCUCAACUGAUGGUGCUGGAAGCGAUGCACUUUCUGGAGAGUCCAUAACUUUUCCGGUGCCAGCUUCUCAUCAUGGCACUGCCACUCCACCGCUCUCCGCUCAGCGGAUCAACUGUACCAUCCCUUUGAGGGAAAGCAUUUUGAACAGCUCCAUGAAGACCGGGAAUGAGUCGGGAUCGAACCUGUCUGACAGUGGAUCCGUGAAGAAAGGGGAUAAAGAGCUGAGAUGUGGGGACCGAGUUCUGGUGGGUGGAACCAAAACUGGAGUGGUGAAGUACGUGGGAGAGACGGACUUUGCGAAGGGCGAAUGGUGUGGGGUUGAGCUGGAUGAGCCUCUGGGUAAAAAUGACGGAGCUGUUGCUGGCACAAGAUACUUCCAGUGCCCACCCAAGUUCGGUCUCUUUGCUCCCAUUCACAAGGUCAUGCGGAUUGGCUUCCCUUCCACGACUCCAGCCAAGACCAAAAAGAGUAAGCGGAUGGCCAUGGGAGUCUCGGCCUUGACGCAGAGCCCUAGCAGUUCAUCCAUAAGCUCCGUCAGCUCGGUGGCAUCUUCUGUUGGAGGCAGACCAAGCCGGACAGGACUGCUGACCGAGACGUCCUCGCGCUAUGCCCGUAAGAUCUCUGGCACCACAGCCUUGCAGGAAGCCCUGAAGGAGAAACAGCAGCACAUCGAGCAGCUUCUGGCAGAACGGGAUCUGGAACGGGCCGAGGUUGCCAAGGCAACCAGCCACAUCUGUGAGGUGGAGAAGGAGCUGGCAAUCUUAAAGGCCACUCACGCACAGUACGUGACAGAGGCUGAAGGGAAUCUUCAGGUUGUACGAUCCAUGCUUAACAAUGCUGAAAAACAAAAGCAGGAGUUGCUAAACACCCUGGAAGAGGAGAAAAGGAAAAUCGAGGAUCUCCAGUUCAGAGUGGAAGAAGAAUCAAUUACCAAAGGAGAUUUAGAGCUUACAACAGUCGCUGAGAAAUCCAGGAUCGCCCAGCUUGAAGAUGAACUAAGUCUAAGGAACAGUGAGAUUGAGGAACUGCAACAGAGACUGAGAAACUCCAACUCCACGGGCACUCCUGAGCACAGCCUCAGUCUGCAAUCAGAGGCACUCAAGCUGCGCGAACAACUACUGUCAGUCAACAAGGAGCACCAGACCGAGAACAUCUUACUGAGGGAAAAGUACGAGGCCAGGUUGCAGGAAUGCCAGCAAGAAAUGGAAAAGUUAAAGGCCAGCAAUGAGAAAUACUCCCAUGAUGUCAGUGAGCUCCGGCAGAAGCUUCACCAAGCAACCAAGGAAAACAUGGAGAUGAUGGACAACUGGAAGAACAAAUUAGACACUUUGGUGUCUGACCACCAGAAAUCUCUCGAGGAACUUAAGGUUUCAUUAAUUUCAGGUACUGAUGUUCAGAACAGUGAGCUGGUGGAACUAAGGGCCACCAUAGAAAGUCUGAAGAUGGAGCAUCAGCUUGAGUGGGAGAAUCUAAAAGCCAAGCAUGAAAUUGAGAUGGCCCUACACAUAAAGGAAAAAGAGGAUUUCAAAGUCAAGCUGCAAGAAGCCAAAUGUGAACUGGAAGAAUGCAAUUCCAACUGGCGAAACAAGUUAGAGGUUACCACAAGUCAACACAGGCAAGAGCUCCAGUCGGCCAUUGAUCAGCUCCGAAACGCAGAGCUAAGGCUUAGUGAGCAGGAGAAACUUCAGCUUGCAUAUAAGGACCAAGCGCAGGACAUCAGCUUCUUAAAGGAGCAGAUCUCCGUGGCGGAGAGAAAGAUGAUUGAUUAUGAAGUGCUCCAGAAGUCUGAGAUGAAACACAAGCAAGAAUGUAAGAUCCUACAGGAGAAGCUACAAGCAAUGGAAGCUCGACACUCUUCCGAAGCCAUCGACAACAAUAACAUCCUGAAAGAGAAAAUGAAAAUGAAGCAAUCGAUAGAAGAAUUGUUGGACAAGCUCAGCAAAAGGGAAAAGGAUGUUUCUUCAAUGUCAUCGCAGAUCGAGCUAUUAAAAACCCAAAUUGUUGCUCUGGAACACAAGUCCAAAUCUUCUGAGAUCAAGGUUGACGCAACAACGAAGGAAAAAGUCAAACUGGAGAUGGAGCUGGAGGCCUUGACUCGCAAAUCCCAUGAUGCUUCAGGGCAGUUGGUCCUCAUCAGUCAAGAGCUGCUGAAAAAGGAAAGGAAUCUAAACGAACUCCGCUCGUUGUUACUGGAGACCAACCGUCACUCCUGUGCGGGGGAAAAGGACCUCAGCCGGGAAGUUCACAAAGCUGAGUGGAGACUGAAGGAACAGAAGCUACAGGAAGACAUCAAGGUCCUCCGAGAGAAACUAUAUGUCCUUGGCACUGAGAAGUACAAACCCGAUCAGAAGCGGCGCCCUGUCUCUCUGCAGGACACUGAGGCCGACGCCGAGAUCUCCAAACUGCAGCAAAGGCUAGUUAACACCGAGGAGGCCUUGCGGAGUGCCCUGGAGCAGAACCAGCAGAUGGAGAAACUAAUGCAAGCUAUGCAGACACUGGAUAGUGCCAGUUCUGCCAAUGGGGUCCAUCAACGAAGUCAACUUGAAGCUAUGACAGACAGCAGGUGCUUCAAGCAAGAGGAGUACUCCAGGGCACGCUCACCCCAGCGCCAACACGACUCCAGCCGAGCGAAACAGCUACUGGUGACAGAGAACAGAAGGAUAGAGAAGCUCUUCAAGGAAAUAGAAGAGAUGAGUGUUUGUGCUUCCCCUGAAUCGCUCCAGAUGAAAGUGUCCGGAGAUUCUCCUGGCAGACAAUCCCCGUCAGCCGAUCGGAAUGAAACUACAGAAAAGGUCCAGCACUGACGCAGGAGGCGUGUGCCGAUGGAACGACUCAUUGUGCAGACGGCCAGCGGCUGCUCCAUCUGGAAGCUCCCUGUGUUCUUUUACUGUUUUUACCCCAGUGAUGGAGUCUGAAGCCCCUGUGUCCAUCCUGUAACCACGGCAGGAGUGGAAAGGUGCCUCCAGAGCCAGGCAAUUGCCAAAGGACAGUAUCCAUUCUAAAGCAGUCAACAGUCGCUUUUCUGCCGAAGUAUAAUGUUGCUCCAUUGUCUUGUUUACUGACCGGUUUCCUUGUUGUUUUGCUCAUAAGCAGAACUUGAGAUUGACAGAAAAUGGAUCUCUUUUGCUAAUGAGGCUAAUACAUAGUGUUAAUUAAGAUGGCAAUACCACAUACAUUUGCCAGGCUGAGGCCCACAGUUUGUUGCCACGCAUUGAGACGUAAAUCCUGCCCUCAAGCUUCAUUCCAUGUUCUCGGAUGUUGGAAGAUUAAUCGUUAAGUUGACUGGUGACAAAACCGCUUGCUGAUCAUCUCUGAAAACUGCAUUAAGACCAUUCUGGUCUGCCAUGUUGGAAAUAUCUCUCUGACUCCCGUUUCUGUGAGGAUUGUUUCACUGUGGGUAUGACGUACAAACUCGAGUAAUGAAUGUUAGUUAUUUAUGUGGGAGCGGGGAUCUGAGGCACUUUGUGGAGAUGGUGUAGAAAGCUUCACUCUCCACAUAAAUCAUCACAUGUGAGAACAGCCCAGGGCUCUGCAACCAUUAUAGCACUUUGAAGUGAACCCACUAUUUUGAGGCAGCAAGGUCAACAGUGAUGAGAAAAAUAAGCAGAUGAUCCUGCUGUCGAUCUUGGAAACCUCCUAACUUGAGGGCCCCAUCUUCUGAUCUUUUCAUUGGUUAUAAAAUCUCCUGCUGAAGGCAUGGACUCUGAGACCCCCAAACAUUUCCAUCCCUCUCCAGCGUUAACAAACUCCUUUAGACACAGCAUCAGUCCUAAUAGCUCUAUCAAGCAAAGUAUGACUGAGACAAUAGUGUUCUUAUUAGAUUAACAGCAGUUGGUGCUGUCCACAAAGUACGUAGUUCUGAGGUCACAUUUAAAUGGCUGACUGAAAAUCAAGAAAGAUUUAGUGUUAUCCUCUCCCCUCCCUCUUUCCCUGAAGCUGUUGGUCUUUAUCAACGCAGCCUAAUAUCUAUUAACUCAGCAUCAAUGACCACAACAAUGAAUCCCCACACUACCUGAACUGACCUUUGCAAGCUGACAAGUAGGUUAACCCAGAAAUGCUUAUGUAACAAUGCCAAUUGCAAGCCACCAGGUUAUGUCAUUUUACAUACGAAUGUAAAAAAUGUAGUAGACAUUAAUUCAGUCAAUAAUGUUUCUCACAAGAAAACUGUCAUGGUGCAAUAUAUUAGCCAUAUUAACAGACAAGUCGACACUGCUUUCUGGAAAUGUUCUGAAAGUUAUCAGUGCAAAACUUACUUGUAGGGCUCUCCUAGUAUCUUCCACUCCUGGGCCAUGCAGACAUUGCACUGAAACAGGAAGCUGAAGCAACUGUAACCUGCUCGGCUGCUUUAUCAUCAGAGUUAGCCAGUUUCCACCCACCGUGAGAGUCAGACAUCCAAAAACACACAGGCAAAAGAGACAGGAGGGUGGAACAAAAAUCUGAGCACUAGAAUAACUCUGAGGGUCAAAAAACAUCUGUGGAGGCAAAAAAAAUGUGAGUCGGUGAUUUUGGAUUGGUGCAGAGUCCCUAAAACUUGAAUACACCUUUUGCCUUCGUAGAUGCCGCCUGACCUGCUGGGUUCUUCUAGAAUUGUGUUUCUAUCACAAAUCCUGAAUGUGUUUGAUAGUUACAUUGAUGGAGGUCAUUUGGAAAAUAUUUGAUGGUUGGGUUGAGUUGUUCUCCAGUCUUGGCAAUUUACUUGCAAUCAUUUGAUCGCCAUACGAGGAGAAAUCGCCAGUGCGCUGUUAGUUGUGGUGUGUCCUCUGAAUACUUGGCCAGCUUCAAUGAGUAUCAGUAACCUCUUUGACCCGGUGGAGUCCCACCCUCUUCAAGUCGUGUUUGCGCGUGACCGAGUGGUUAAGGCAUUCGUCUGGUUAUCUGAAGGUCGCUAGUUCGAGCCUUGGCUGAGGCUUGCAUGUGUCUCCUUGUGCAAGGCACUUAACCACACAUUGCUCUGCGAUGACACUGGUGCCGAGCUGUAUGGGUCCUAAUGCCCUUCCCUUGGACAACAUCGGUGGCGUUGAGAGGGGAGACUUGCAGCUUGGGCAACUGCCAGUCUUCCAUACAAUCUUGCCCAGGCUUGCACCCUGGAAACCCUCCAAGGUGCAAAUCCAUGGUCUAUCGAGACUAACAGAGACCUACUACUGCUUCAAGAAAAUUCUGAAUCCAUGCCGCGAAUCUGCUUGGACCUAGCUACCACAGCACAGACAGGAGACUGCACCUGAGAUUUCCAGGUCUCUUCUUCACUGGGUACUCAAAGGGAAAUAAGGUCCAGGUGAAGGAAGUUCAAUCUUCCUUUCAAUAGCCAUGGUUCAUGGUUUUCAGAUCCAGCUACCUUCUCUGAACCUUUUGCUGAAAAAGGGAACUUUGCCUUGAAGUCUUUAUCUGGCCCUGACUUCUACCAUUUCCUAUGUGAAGGAGGUCAUCUGGAUGUCGCUCCUGAAUGUCCCAGCUCUGACUUUUGAAAUGCUGGACCCCAGCAAAGAAAGUUAGGUUCUGCCCAUCCUCGCAAGUCAUUCAGUCUUCUCGAGAAUCCUCCAAAACUGCAAAUUCAUGGUUAUCUAGCUUAAUGCAAAUGGAAGUAUUAUUUAAGCUCCAGUCUGGUCCUGUCCAAUCAGAGUGCUAACUGUAAAUUUGUCACAAUUAUUAAAACAUAUUUAGCUACACUAUGCAAAAUCUUAUCCAUUAUUUAAUUCCUGAAUUUGGUUUCCCAUCCACUUGCUGGAAAACUCUAACUCACAGUGAAUGAGAAGUGUGUAGAUUUAAUUUAAUAAGAUAGAUGUAAAUUGACUUUUAAGGUGUAACCUUUGUUCUGUCUUUUCAACCAGAAUGUUGAACUGUUAAAUAAAGUGCACUCAUCCCAGUAAACAUUGGUGUAUGUUACACUACCAAAGUAACUGACUGUGGGGAAAGAGCUGACAGGGUCCUUGACAUCCUGCACGCAAUCUGUCCCAUGUAUGAGAUUAUAAGACACAGGUGCAGAAUUAGGCCAUUCAGCCCAUUGAGUCUGUUCCAACAUUCAGUCAUGGCUGAUUAUUUUCAACCCUAUUCUACCAGCUUCUCCCCAUAACCAUUAAAAAGAAUCAAGGACAUGUCAACCUUAAACUCCCCCCCUCCCCAAUGACUGGCCUGCAUAACUCUCUGUGAAAAGGCAUAUUGACCUGAAAUGCCAGCGGCUUCUCCCUCUCCCCACUUCCCGCAGGAACUUGGGAGAACUCAACCAUUCGACUCGCCAAGUUAUUUGCACUUCAGACCAACUUUCACCCUAAACAGCCACCACUGCAUUCUCCUGUGCCACGGAUUGUACAGGUUGUAAAGUCACUGGAGCAUCUGUGUCUGCCCCCCACAUUGAACCAAACUCAAACAAACUGUUGGCAAUACUAAUUAAUAACUUGAUAAUAGCAGCUUUGUCUCUUAUAUUCAAAUGCUGUUUCCCAAUAAGCACUUAUACAGACAGUAUUAUCAUUAAGUGAUAUGUAUAAUAUCAGAAUACGCUGUUAGAUAAAGAGGAAUUUCUUUAGCUAGAGAGUGGAGAAUCUUUGGAAUUCAUUGCCACAGAUGGGUCACUGGGCGUAUUUAAAACUCAGAUUGAUACUUUCUUGCUCGGUGAUGGUGUCUGGGAGAAGUAGGGAGGAGGCGGUAAUAAAAUCAGCCAUCAUGGAAUGGCGGAACAGACUCGAUGGGUCAAAUGGCCUAAUUCUGCUGCUGUGUCUUAUGGUCUUAUAAUCCAGCCUUGUAGAUGUAAUGACGCUUGCUUCCAGAGUAAGAUGUACACUUGCCGACCUGCUAAGAGGCUAUGGAUCAGGCUCAGGUUUGCUGAUAUGUUCCUUGACCUGUUCAUUCCUCUUGGGGAUUUGCAAAGUAACUUAACGUGAUCAAUAUUAACUCCAAGGGUCAAGUUGACAUACUACCUUGUUAUUUAAAGAACACACACACACACACACACACUCACACACACACUCUCACACACACACACUCACACUCACACACACACACACACUCUCACACACACACACACACACACACACACACACACACACACACUCACACUCACACACACACACUCACACUCACACACACACACACACUCUCACACACACACACACACACACACACACACACUCACACACACUCACACUCACACUCUCACACACACACACACACACACACACACACACUCACACUCACACUCACACACACACACUGACACACACACACUCACACACACACACACACUCACACUCACACACACACACACACACUCACACACACACACACACACACACACACACACUCACACUCACACACACACACACACUCACACACACACACACUCACACACACACACUCACACUCACACACACACACACACACUCACACACACACACUCACACUCACACACACACACACACUCUCACACACACACACACACACUCACACACACUCACACUCACACACACACACUCACACACACUCACACUCACACACACACACACUCACACACACACACACACACACACUCACACUCACACACACACACACACACACUCUCACACACACACACACACACACACACACACACACACACACACACACACUCACACUCACACGUACUGUUAGCAGCUAUGAACCAGUGAGUCACUUGUGCUUUGACCUAAGUGUAAUUAUCCUUCUUUCGAAAGCAAAGCUCAUUUUAAACAGGUGAGACACCCCUCACACCCCAACAUUCUGUUAGAUCUGUCCACACUUCACUUCUCUAACAGCAAAAGAUGAACUAAACCAGACAAUGAGCCCCUCUGCCUGCUCAGUUACUGAGAGAGACUGAGCUGGUAGCCUCACUCACCUCCAGUUCAACACUGCUGCUUCUCACCCCACCCUAUUCUGAGGCAAUACCCUUCCCCAUCCCUACCCCUCCUAUAACUGCUUAGCUGCAGCUAGAACCUAGGCCGAUCAGGGGAUAGAGAUAGAGGGUCCGUCCCUCCAAUUUUACUUCUGUUCUCACAGAAGAGCAGGUGGGUGCUGACUGUGCACCGUACACAAUCUAUAUAGCUGGUCUAUAUGCACUAUUCAAACUGUGAUGCUGAGAUCCAUUGGGACACGUCAUCAGUGAUAUAACCUGGGGUCAUUGGGUGUUUCAGGUCUGUAAUCUCCCCCCCCCCCAUACACAUUUUAAAUGGGCUUUUACAAUGUGUUUGCCUUACUGAACAGUAUAAUGAAGCUUCCGCAGGAGAUCACUGCUACCCGUAACAAGUGAGAGCAGUCUGCAGUUAGCAUUUGGUUCCUAGGUGAGUGUGUAGAUAACCAAACCAGCCUCUUGCUUCUGCCUUAUCACGUGGAACACCUUUCAUGAAUCCAUGUGCUGCAAGAAUAAGUGGAGAUCUGUGGUGCGGUGUGUUCUGGGAAUAUCCUUUAACGUGGUAUGGUGAAGGUAUAGAAAUUUUCCUCUGUCAAAUUUCCAGAGGAGAAAUGGAAUAAUCCCAUCAUACUCCAGUGCUUAUGAUACAGACUAUAGUGGGACCGAACAGAAUUCUCAUUGUUGUUUUAAUGUGUGGAGCUGGUUGUGAAUAUUUAACCUUUAACACUCAGUUAUGGCUAAUACAAUAAACUGCAUGGAGAUGUUCAUGUGUUAACCUUGUUUUCAAAAUAAAAUGAAUCCUGUUUUCCUUA